GGCUGCCCUACAUCGCAAGCAGACCAAGUGACGCGGUUUUGCUGCCCGGCCCACAGAUUGACGAGAAUAACCCCGUGGAACAGGAAAGAAAACAAUAAUACGCCGAGAAGUGAGAGCUGCGUGUGAAUUGAUCUUAAAUCAUGGACAAAUUAAAGUCGGUGUUGAGUGGCGAGGAAGGGCGCACUCAAGACAGAACUAUUUUACAGGCUGCCAACGAAGCUUCCACACUCGGCUGGGGCACACGCGUAAAGGGGUUCGUCGGCUGCUUCGUGAUCGGCUGUGUGUGUACUUUAUUGGGUGUGUGUGUGCUUUUCAUCCCGAAGAUUGGAAUAACUCUUUUUAUUGUGUUUUAUUCACUUGGAAACGUGUGUUCGCUGUGCAGCACUAUGUUUUUAAUGGGACCCGUGAAGCAACUGAAAAGAAUGUGCGACAAGACGAGAGCUCUGGCCACCACCAUCAUGCUGACAUGUCUGGUGUUGACCCUCUGUGCUGCCUUCUGGUGGAAGAAUUUCGGUCUUGCGCUGCUAUUUUGCAUUUUGCAACUUUUGGCGUUCGCCUGGUAUGGAUUGUCUUACAUCCCAUUUAUCAGGGAUGCUAUGCUGAAGAUGAUGUCCAUGUGUAUCAAAUGAAACCACUGGGGAGAAGUCUUCUAAUGUUAAUUAUGGGAUGUUCACGUGAUUCAGCUAUCUGUUAGUGACCCUUUUCACUCACGUUUUUAUCAGUGAUGUAAUUUAUGUCCAUAUGUACUUUUAACGUUUUAGGAUUGCACUUGCUGCACUGAAGGAUUAAGAUUACUCUCACAUUAGUUUUAGUAGCAAGCCUGUUACUGUGGCUAUGAAUAAAUAUGGUUCUACUUGUUUCAACGUAAUGUAAAGAUCAUUACAAUGAAAGGCAGGGAUGACUGGGGCUUUCUUUCUUAUUCCCAUAUUAUAUAUAUUAUGUUUUUAAUUUUUUGUAUUGAAUCAUAUUUGUUAAAUGCAUCUUCCCCUACAA